UAUAUAUAUGUUAACCCUGUAAAUUAACUAUCAUUUCUAUAAGUGGCUACCUACAAGUUGGUUGGACUUUUGGCAGAUUAAAUUAUCUACGUUACAUAAAAUAAAGACAGACAUCAGUGAAAAUGUCCACAGAUAAAAGUCUAUCACUUCAUUUUUAUAAGUAUCUGUGUCAGAAGAUUGGAUCGGAGGAGGAUGUGAAAGUUAGGAGAUUAUCUUUGAUAGUAGGUGACAUUGGUCGGAAAAAAAUGAAACAAAUUACUAGUGGAAGUAAAGGCGAAGGAUUAGACAUGAAAGGCAGUGACUUGGAUAUAAUGAUUAUUUAUCCUGCAUUUACAGUUUAUGAGUCAGAUAGAGAUGUUAAUUUCCUAACCGAUGGAAUUCCUCUGGUUAUGGAUACAGAGAAUACACAUCCAUGUUUCACACAACUACAUCUUCCCCUUCAUCUUCUCAAUGACCGCAUUCUACUUGAUCCAAAAAUAGAACAAAUGCUAGAGCAGGAUUGUCUGGUGAACAAGCUCUCAAAUGUACAAUAUAAAUCUUUUUUUUUUAACAAUAUUUUUUCUGUCCCUGGAAAGGUCACUACAAUUCAUGGACCAUGUUUAUCAAGUCCUGAAGGUGCCUAUGAUUAUGCAAUGUGCCUUAAAUGCGAUAAAUGGAUAUCUCUAGCACAAUCCUGGGUCAGCAGUCCACGUACAACAUGGCCUGCACCAGAACUCAUAACUAAAAUAACAUCCUGUGGAGUAUUAUUUGUUCCAAUUGGAUGCAAAGGGUCCCUACAGGAAAAUCUUGAAUGGAGAAUAUCCUUUUCAGUGGCUGAAAAAUUUCUUAUAUUUUCCUUCAGUCAUACUCAGCUUUUAUGUUAUGCUUUAUUAAAAAUCUUCCUGAAAGAAAUUGUGGACAAUCAUGAAGAUUUGAAAGGUUUAUUGUGUUCUUAUUUCCUAAAGACCUUGGUAUUUUGGAUUUCAGAAGAAUCUGACCCAUCCAUUUGGAAACCGGACAAUAUCAUACCAUGUUUCAUGACUUGUUUAAAGAGACUAAUAUACUGUGUAGAAUAUUCAACAUUAUUACAUUAUUUCAUUCCCGACAAUAACUUAUUUUAUAUGAGAUUUAAUAUUGACCUUAAACACAAAAUGACUAACACCCUUAAGAAUUUAUACCAACAAGGAAUUAACUGUUAUGUAAAUUCAGAGACUUUGAAUGAUUUUACAAGCCUAAAUUGUGAAAUUCCUGUCCCAUUCACAAACCAAACUUCAGUCAAGGCAGAUAUACUGGCCCUUAUAUCUUCAACUGAUAAAACACCCAAACAUUUGCUAUACAAUAUGCUACAUUGUUGUAAGACAGAUUUAGCAAGAAGAAUUUUUACUAUUUUUCUAUCACAAGCACAUCAUCAGUUCGAAUUACAGGAUUCAAAUUUUCAACAACGAUCAAACAACAAACACCAGUACUAUAAGUACAAAAACAACCUUGGUAAACUUUUGAUAUCUUCAACAACAAUACCUGGAUGGCUGAUGUUAGUGUCGUUCUUUUAUGUCCAUAAACAGUACUUACUAUACAUCAAUAUUCAUUAUUAAUCAUGCUUUAAAGAAACAUCAAGAUGAAGAAAUUUUUCAACACAUUCUGUCAAUUAGUUUAAUUCAGAACAAGGACUCUGUGCGGACUUUACUGAAAAAAGAAAAAAAUCCAAUGCUAUUAAAAACCCUAAAACUCAAUUAUAUUUCUUUGGGUAGCAAAAGGUCAUUCAUUCCACCAGAAGUAAAACUAAUUGAGAAAGCCGAUACUAUCCCUACCUUACCAUUUGCACAUUUCCUUAGUUUUCUGUGUUUAACUACCAUCUACAUGCCACUGCAUCAUGUACACAAUCCUUACAGACAAUAUUUGAUAUAUAUUAUGAUAUUGCUACUAAAAAUAAAUUAGAUGUGGACUCAGUCCUGUCUAUAAUUCAUUCAACGUUCUACCUUUGUAUUAGUUUUCAGAUGAUGGGUGAUACAAUCACAGCAAGGAAAUACUUACAGAUUGCUAAAAAUUGUAACUUAAUAACGGAACCAAAAAGUAGAAAAAAAUGAAAGGUCUGCGUCCUUGUUUUUGAGAUAUAAGCAAUAAAAAAUUGGCGGGAAAUGAUUCUCUCUAGAAUUUUCAUUCAUUUAACCUUGUCACCUUUUUUCUUUCAAACACUAUGAAAAAAUAACAAGGAUUUUAUAAUAUUUUCAAAAAUGUCUUUUUAAACUAUAUGUAAUGAAAAUUAUGAAAAGAAAAGUAGGGGUUAGCGAACAAAAUUUUGAAUGACACUACAUGGAUAAAACUACAGGAUUCCGAAUAUCUGACAAAAAAGUCAAAAACAAGAGAAGCGAACAUCCUUAAAGUUUCUAAUUCAAUAACACAUUUUAAUAGAAAUACGUACAACAAUCAUGAUUUGUUAGAAAUCAUCAACAAACAAUUGGCAGACUUUUCAUAAUGUCAGUAUUUAUUCCACAAGCUCAUCCAAAUGGUACAAAACACAUCCACAAAUCAAUAGAGAUGCAUUAUGUUAUUUUUUAAUGGUUUAGGUAUUGUAUUGUGUAUUCAUAUUUAUUCAUUAAUAAAAUAUGUUUUACUUGAGAAAGAGUACUGCCAUUCUAAUUGUAGUAGAAAUAAAGUAGAUAAUUACGAG